CGCAGAAACAUGCUAGCUGCAUUUGUUGCCGCGCUGCUGUUCGGUUUGCCUACAGGCCUUUACAGCACUCCAUGCACUUCAGACGACGUAGGCGAGUUUAAUUCAACUUGUGAGAAUGGUGCUCGCCAUGUCUACUCGUUCUGGAAGACUGAUUGCGAUUACAGUGCAAACUCUUCUGUCAAGAUCCCACCUCCUCGCUCUAUGAUUUGUGACUGUGCUCCGGGUAUGGGACUACUGAAUAACGUUUGUCAACCUUGUAAUCCGGGGACUUUCAGUGGCGACGGCAGUAUUAUCGAUGACUGGAAAGAUUGGGGACGAACGGGAAUAGCAGGAGAACAUCUAGGAUUUGUAACACAUUGUGAAAUGGAGAAUUCAUACUACUCGCAGAAGAAGACCUGUUCUCCAUGGACAGAAGAAGGUUAUGGUGCAUAUUUGACAUCAGGCAAUCAGUCCAGAGCUAGCACUGCUCGGAGUAUUCUUGUUUUAGACAAAGAAUUUGUUGAAGAGAAGUCUUUCAUCAUUUUUCGCUUUCGAGUUGAUGCAGAGUGUUCUUACUGGUAUUGUAGCAGUCUGGAGUUUUACAUUGACGGAGAUUUAAUAAUGCCUAGUGUGAGUCAGCAGCUUACAUGGAAAGAAUUUAGAACGAGUAUUACCCAGGGACAUCAUCGACUUUUGUGGAGUUUCUAUCAACACGAGUUCAGUAGUGAUUCUAAUGUUGAACAGAAGGCAUACAUUCAAAGUGUGACAUUAAUUGGAACGUCUGCUGAGAACACUGAUUGCCACAACUGUCCUGUUGGGUCUACUAGUUCAAAGGGGGCUCAUGUGUGUGAUCCAUGCGGAGACUUUACGUACCAGAAUCAGUCGGGACAGCCAAAUUGUUUGCAAUGUCCAAAUGGUACAUAUUCUCUGGGUGGAGCUACUAGCUGCAUUCCCAAACCAAUCUGUACUGCAGAUGACAUUGUCGUGACUAUUGACUCAGUGAUUACCUGUUAUAAUGACAGCAGUGGGGUAAUGAAGAGAAAGAUGCAACAAAAAUAUCUGACUCCUUUUACGCUUAACGAGACGCUCUGCAAUGAUAGUAACCAGCAACAAUUAAAUGUUAGCUCUUUAUAUAAGUGUUUUUGUCAACCUGGUUAUGAAUUUGUUCAAUCACAAUCACCAAUUUGUCGUCCUUGCUUGGAGGGGAGUGCUUCUAGUACUGGAGUUACAUGUGAGAUAUGCCCAGCUGGAACUGAAGCAGUACCUGGCCUUUUUUACUAUGAGUGGAAUAUGGACACAAUGAAGGAGUUUAUGUCACUUUGUGCAGGAGACUGUGACAGUGAUGGAUGGAUAGCAAGUGGAGAUCAUGUUAGGACAGGAAGAGCCGUUGGUACAACGGACUCCUAUUUGACACUUAAAAACAUUACAUUUCCUGAAGGGGGUACUGUUGAAUUUAACUGCUCUGUGGAUUGCCACAUUUCUACGCACACAGGAAACUCAUCAUCUGCUGACAUUGCACGUUUUAAUGAUUGUCAUUUGUAUUUUGAGAUGACACAAAAUACUGGUGUGAAACGAUAUUCAUGUGGCAAUGACUAUGAGUACUGGUGGGACUAUGGAUAUCGUGAUGGCAGAAUUUACAAUCACCAUUUUAGUGUGAGUCCUGGAAACUACUCGUUUACGUGGAAGUUUCAUCAACAAGAUCCAGUCAGGAGAAAUGUGGAAUUUGAGGCAAAGGUGUCUGCUAUUAGUCUUGUUGGUACUGCUGGUGGUUCUGCGAGAGACUGUACACCAUGUUCACCAGGAUAUCGCAGUGUUGAUGGUGCAUCUAGGUGCAUACCUUGCCCUCCUGGAUCAUACAGUAGUGGGGGUACAGAUAAAUGUCAUCCUUGUGAAGGCAACAGCUUUGCAAGUGUGGCAGGAAGUGCUACCUGUAAGAAAUGUGGUGAAAUGACAACUGUCAACUCUGACCACACUGGCUGUAAUGUCAAUGAUUGCACUGUAUCAUUCAAUAUAGCAGAAAAUAUGGAGGUUCAGUAUAACUUGUCUCUUCUUCAACGGUUUAAUGACUCCAUGAUUGCAGCUAAAGUAGAUGACAGCUAUUACCUAAACUAUUUUAUAAACCCCUGUACUGUUGUGCAUGACAAUUCGUCAUGUUCUAUUGAUGGAAAGCCAGUUGCUACCAUGGCAUGUCAACAGGAGUGUUGGAGUGGGUAUGGAUGUUGGAGUGUUUACAGUCUUGGGGACACCAUUGGUUUUGAAAAGGCAGAAGAUGUACAAAAUGGUUUGAUCUUAAAGUUUUCUUAUGGAUCUACUUGUUCCAGAAAUGAUCUCAAAACGGAGGCGACAGUUCACAUGAUAUGUGAUGAAUAUGCUGGUGUUGGGCAACCUGAACGGUAUGGUAACAAUAGCUUUAUUGAAAUUGACUCCUGUAGGUAUGUCUUUGAGUGGCGGUCAAGGUAUGCAUGUCCUGUAUGCAGAAAGGAGUAUUAUCAACCAGUAUAUGGAGACUGUCAAUUUGAUGGUACACGAGAGAAACAUUUUAUGAAAACUCAGGCUUGUUGGGGAGGUGACUUUCCUAAGAAUGUGACUGUGAGCUGUCAGACGUACCAAAAUUGCACCAAGCAUGAUUUUAGAUUGAUCUAUGGUACCUGUUUGGCAAACGGGACUCGAACAAAAUACUAUGUGCCAGUGUCUCUAUGCCAAGAUGGAUACCAGCCACCUGAAGCUGAGGUUGAAGCGUGCUCAACAGGGUCACAUGGACAUAGUGACAAGACAGUACCAAUCUUGGUUGGUGUAGGUGUGACGCUUAUUAUCCUCUUAAUAGCCAUUGUCAUCUUCUUCUACUACCGCAAUCGGAGAUUGAGAUAUCAAUACUACACUGCUCUUGGGAGUACAAGACCAUUGGAGAAGCUUGGAAUUGUAGAUGAUACAGAUGAUGAUGCUGAUACUUUCCAUUUUAGUCCUAGUUCUGACAACAAUGGGGAAAACCCCUUCUCAAGUGACAUUUAAUUGCUAAGUAUUUGUUAUUUCUUUGAUCUCCCGAAGUGUGUCAAAAUUUAGCGAUUAGUUAGUGUUCCAUUAAAUUAAGCGUAAAUAGUCUUAUAAAAGUUGCCUUUUGACGGCAAAUUGUCUUUGUGUUCUGUAAAAGCUUUCUUUUUUGUUUAUUAGAAUGAUGAGUCAUAGUAAAGAGUUGCAUAUAUGUACACGAUGGUACUCAAAAGUACAGUGUUUGACACUGUUGGACAGUGUCAUCAUUGGUGUUUAUACAAUGUGCAGCUGGCAUUUUUUGCAGCUGACAUUUUUUAGAGCUAGCUCUAUGAAACAUAAGCCAUGGU